AUGGCACCUAAACAGAAAGAUGACGAUUUCGUUCUUACGCUCUCGGACGAUGAGAACGACGCUUUCAACAACUUCGACGUCGAUGGCGAUGAUGGCGAUGACGGCGAUGAGCUCGCUUCGUCCGGAACGAAGAAGCGCAAGCGCGAUACCGCGGAGACGACGCAAAACACGAGCAAGAAGCAGAAACAGCAGAAACCUGUGAAGAACGGUCUGAAGAAGAACAAAAAGGGCCAGGCGGAGACUCCUGCCGAGGAGGAGCAGGAGGAGCCGCAGGAAGAAGAAGACGCCGGAGAGGACGACGGCGCACUGGACUCGGAUUUCGAGUUCGACGUCGGCGGCGUUGCGAACACCGUGGUCGAGGGCUUUGACGGCUGGGGCAUGGGCAAUGCAGAGGACGAGGGAGCGGCGAAGAAGGGUGACAAGAAGGCGGUCGAUAUUGAUGACAUUAUCUCGCGGCGGCAGGCGAAGAAAGAGGCGGCCGAGGCCAAGAAGAAGAAGAAGCAGAGCGAAGCCCAGGACAAUGAGAGUUGGGAUGGUGUCGCUGAGGAUGAGGAUGCAGAGUCUGAUGGCGGCAUGUCGGUCGACUUUCAGGAUGAUGAGUUGCUUGCGGCGGAUGGGUUCGGCAUGGGCGCUGACGGAGAGGAUGAGAGUGAUAACGAAGAGGCUCAGGAUGAGUCUGGAAGCGACAACGAUUCCGACGAUGAUGAAGAGAAGGACAGUGAAGAUGACGAUGAUGAAGCGGCGUCGGAUAACGACUCCGUCGCUACGCCUGUCGGUCAUCCUGAAGAUGAAGCUUCCGAUAAUGACUCGGACGCUGAAAGCGAGAUCGAUGCUGAGGAACAGGAGAAGCGCAAGGCGUUCUUCGCGCCGGAGGAGGAAAAGACCAAAGAGCAAGCCGAUGGAGCGCAAAGAUCCUUUCAGGAGUUUAACUUGUCUCGACCCAUUCUGCGUGGUCUGGCCGCCGUCAACUUCACGAAUCCGACGCCCAUUCAGCGCAAGACCAUCCCUGUAGCCCUUUUGGGCAAAGACAUUGUCGGUAGCGCCGUCACUGGUUCAGGUAAGACAGCUGCCUUCGUGGUUCCUAUCCUGGAGAGAUUGCUCUUCCGUCCUCGCAAGGUCCCGACUAGUCGCGUUGCGAUCUUGAUGCCUACUCGUGAGUUGGCUGUCCAGUGCUACAAUGUGGCCACCAAGCUAGCGACGUACACCGACAUCACCUUCUGUCAGCUUGUUGGUGGUUUCAGUCUUCGGGAGCAGGAAAACAUUCUGAAGAAGCGGCCCGACGUGAUUAUCGCGACCCCCGGUCGUUUCAUUGACCAUAUGCGCAACUCCGCCAGUUUCACGGUGGAUACGCUGGAGAUUCUGGUUCUGGAUGAAGCCGACCGAAUGCUCGAAGAUGGUUUCGCCGACGAGCUCAACGAGAUUCUUACUACAAUCCCCAAGUCCCGACAGACUAUGCUGUUUUCGGCUACGAUGACGGACACUGUCGACAAGCUGAUCCGAGUCGGACUCAACCGGCCUGUUCGGCUGAUGGUGGACUCGAAAAAGAACACGUCGUUGACGCUGGUCCAGGAAUUCGUACGUCUACGCCCCGGACGCGAGGACAAGCGGCUGGGCUAUCUUCUCUAUCUCUGCAAGGAGAUCUACACAGGACGAGUGAUUGUGUUCUUCCGGCAGAAGCGGGAAGCCCAUCGGGUCCGCAUUGUGUUCGGCCUGUUGGGACUGAAGGCGGCGGAACUCCACGGUAGCAUGAGCCAGGAGCAGCGUAUUAAAAGCGUCGAGAACUUCCGAGACGGGAAGGUGGCUUUCCUUCUUGCGACGGAUCUUGCGUCGCGUGGUCUGGAUAUCAAGGGGGUGGAAACCGUCAUCAACUACGAAGCUCCCCAGAGCCACGAGAUCUACCUGCAUCGUGUUGGUCGUACUGCGCGUGCGGGCCGCUCGGGUCGUGCCUGCACUAUCGCCGCGGAGCCGGACCGGAAGGUGGUCAAGGCGGCCGUGAAGGCGAGCAAGGCGCAAGGCGCCAAAGUGGCUAGUCGGGUGGUCGACCCUGCGGUUGCUGACCAGUGGGCCAAGAAGGCUGCCGACCUCGAGGAGGAAAUCAACGAGGUGCUGGAGGAGGAGAAGACAGAAAAGCAGCUCGCCCAGGCGGAAAUGCAGGUCACCAAGGGAGAGAAUCUGAUCAAGCACGAAGCCGAGAUCAUGUCUCGGCCCAAGCGGACCUGGUUCGAGAGCGAGAAGGACAAGCGCGCAGCCCGCAAACUGGGAGCGGCCCAGCUGAACGGCCCGGAUGCUGGUCUCUCCAAGAAGGAGAAGGUGAAGCUGAGCAAUAAGGAUAAGAAGCGCUUGGAUGAUGCGCGCCAGCGUUUAGAAGGCAAGGCGGGUUGGAAGAAGGGCAAGGCGGAGCGAGAGGCGCCCAAACCUGCCAAGGGGAAAGGCAAAGGAAAGGACAAGAAAAAGGGGAAGAACUGA